AUGGCUCCAGAACGAUCUCGGGAGAGACGCUCACGCCGCUCUGCGCCCUACCAUCGACGCCGUUCAUCCUAUGAGCAAGAUCAACAUGGCGACCGAAACGACCGCCCCAUAACGGGAGGUUUUCUUCUUCGAUCUCAAUCAACCCCUUCCGCCCAGUGUGACCCUUCCGCGAACUCUUUCUUCGCUGGACGAGCUGGAGCGGCCACACCCCACGAUGAGAACCUUGGCGACACUGGCGAAAACCGCCAGCAAUCAACCCAGAUCCAGCGAUUCCCGGUCUCGGAUGUACCCGACUUAGUCGUCGUUGAGAGGGCUACAGUCCUUUAUUCACCCGCCCCCUUCUCCACUGAACCCAGGCUGUCAGUCCUGGAUAUCAGCUUCGGGAAGACUGUCAAAACCAACUUCUGCGCCCGUAUCGAGGGACCCCACGGUAUCUGGGUGGGCAAGUUCACUCACCCGGAGCUUGGCGGUCAGCUUGCAGAGCUUGUUAAGCGGGCUGGUAAUGCAGAGGUUUACUGUGCGCAGGGAUACCUUGAUGGUAGCAGCGGCGUCAUGACAAUGGACCCAAUUGGGGGGAGAUUCACCUUCAGCCCUGGACAAACGGUUGCUACCAUUAUGUGGCCCGAUUUGCCAGGCAAUCCUGAGGCUGAUAUCGACUUGAAGGAACUGGUGGAGCUGGUCGGUGGUUGCUGGAAUGUUGAGAGUGGCAGGCAACCGAGAUGGGAUGGGACUUGGCCAGGGACAUGA